CCGCCAUGCUCCGGGCCCGCCGCAGGGCACGGAGGAGGAGGAGGAGGAGGAGGAGGAGGGAGGGAAGGUCAGCGGCGCUUUCCGCUUCCUGCGGGGCGGAGCGGAGCGCGGCCCCCGCCCUGCCCGGGGCGGUUGCGCGGCUCGGAGCGGUCGCUCCCCGCUCUCCGCGUUUCGUCGCCGGGCAACGCUCCGGGCCGGCGGCUCCGCCAUGUCCGGCCUCAGCCCGGGGGUGCCGCGCCGCUUCCAGGAGCUCACCUUCUACCGCGGCUACGGGUGAGCGCUGGCCCGGGCCCGGCCCCGGCGCCCCGCUCCCCGCGCUAGCUGUGCUCUCCCCCCGCAGGCAGCCGCAGGCUCACCCCCGCUUCCGGACCGUCAACCAGAGCUACGGCAGCAGGGCCCCCACGGUGCACGAGCUGCCGAACUCCUUCCACUCCCUCUCGCACAAGUUUUCGGAUCACCUGGGCAAGAUUGGCAUGUGCAGGAACGAGAGCCUGAACACGUCCCUGGAGAAGAGCCACUGCACCGGCUCCGACACCUUCAUCACCGCCUACGAGCACCUGGAUUUCCACCCCAGCUACAACCCCAGCGGCCCCUCGCACUGCCGGGACCAGCCGCUGUAGCCAGGACACCGCUGCAGCUCUUGGCUGCCUUGGGAAAUACACCCACAGCCAGCCUUGCUACUAAACAGACCCGCUAGAUUACAGAGGGAAUGUUAUUUAGGAGUAAUAUGUUAAAGAUUUCAUGUGGUUAAGUGUCAGUUAGGUGGCUGAUGUGAAGCAUUUUACCUAAUUUAUCAGCAGCUUAUAAAUGCUAGAACUACAUAAAUUCCGUAUUUAUCCCGUUAUCCCCUUCUCUGUCACUAAUGAUCCUUUACACUCUUGCCUCGUGUACCAUGUAUCAUUAAAAAUUAAGAUGAAACUG